CCUCCCCCGGCGCCGGCCAAGUGAGGCGGUGAUGCGGGCGCUGGCGGCCUGGGCUGCGCCGAGAGCGGAGACACAGGCUCAAGAUGGCAGAUUCCCACUGAGGCUGAGGGGGCCGAGCUCGCGCGCCGUGUUCCCUUCUCCGUUGCCAUGAACCGCGGACACCCCGGCCCCGAUGGCCCCCGUGUACGAAGGUAUGGCCUCACAUGUGCAAGUUUUCUCCCCUCACACCCUUCAAUCAAGUGCCUUCUGUAGUGUGAAGAAGCUGAAAGUAGAGCCAAGUUCCAACUGGGACAUGACUGGGUACGGCUCCCACAGCAAAGUGUACAGCCAGAGCAAGAACAUACCACCUUCUCAGCCAGCCUCCACAACCGUCAGCACCUCCUUGCCAAUCCCAAACCCAAGCCUACCUUACGAGCAGACCAUCAUCUUCCCAGGAAGUACUGGACACAUAGUUGUAACAUCAGCAAGUAGCACUUCUGUCACCGGGCAAGUCCUCGGCGGACCACAUAACCUAAUGCGUCGAAGCACUGUGAGCCUCCUUGACACCUACCAAAAAUGUGGACUCAAGCGCAAGAGUGAGGAGAUUGAAAACACUAGCAGUGUGCAGAUCAUUGAAGAGCAUCCACCCAUGAUUCAGAAUAAUGCCAGCGGGGCCACUGUCGCCACUGCCACCACAUCCACUGCCACCUCCAAAAACAGUGGCUCCAACAGUGAAGGUGACUAUCAGCUGGUACAGCAUGAAGUGCUGUGCUCCAUGACCAACACCUACGAGGUUUUAGAGUUCUUGGGACGAGGGACAUUUGGGCAAGUGGUCAAAUGCUGGAAACGGGGCACCAAUGAAAUUGUGGCCAUUAAGAUCCUAAAGAACCACCCAUCCUAUGCUCGGCAAGGUCAGAUUGAAGUGAGCAUCCUGGCCCGGCUAAGCACAGAGAGCGCUGAUGACUACAAUUUUGUGCGGGCCUAUGAGUGCUUCCAACACAAGAAUCACACAUGUUUAGUCUUUGAGAUGUUGGAGCAGAACCUCUAUGACUUUUUAAAACAGAACAAGUUUAGCCCCUUGCCCCUCAAAUAUAUUCGCCCGGUCCUUCAGCAGGUAGCCACAGCCCUGAUGAAACUCAAAAGCCUGGGUCUUAUCCAUGCUGACCUCAAACCAGAAAACAUCAUGCUGGUGGAUCCAUCCAGACAACCAUACCGAGUAAAGGUCAUUGACUUUGGUUCAGCUAGUCACGUGUCCAAAGCUGUCUGUUCUACCUACUUGCAAUCCAGAUACUACAGGGCCCCAGAGAUCAUCCUUGGUUUGCCAUUCUGUGAGGCAAUUGACAUGUGGUCCCUUGGUUGUGUCAUUGCUGAGCUUUUCCUGGGCUGGCCAUUAUACCCAGGAGCUUCUGAGUAUGAUCAGAUUCGGUAUAUUUCACAAACACAGGGUUUGCCAGCUGAAUAUUUAUUAAGUGCAGGGACAAAGACAACUAGGUUUUUCAACCGUGACACAGACUCGCCGUAUCCGUUGUGGAGGCUAAAGACACCAGAUGACCAUGAAGCAGAGACGGGGAUUAAGUCAAAAGAAGCAAGAAAGUACAUUUUCAACUGUUUGGAUGACAUGGCCCAGGUGAAUAUGACAACAGAUUUGGAAGGGAGUGACAUGUUGGUGGAGAAGGCAGACCGACGGGAGUUCAUUGAUCUGUUGAAGAAGAUGCUGACCAUAGAUGCUGAUAAGAGGAUCACUCCCAUCGAAACUCUGAACCAUCCCUUUGUCACCAUGACACACCUGCUCGAUUUCCCCCAUAGUACUCAUGUCAAAUCUUGUUUCCAAAACAUGGAGAUUUGCAAGCGCCGGGUGAAUAUGUAUGACACAGUGAACCAGAGCAAAACACCUUUCAUCACACAUGUGGCCCCCAGCACGUCUACCAACCUGACCAUGACCUUUAACAACCAGCUGACUACUGUCCACAACCAGGCUCCCACCUCCACCAGUGCCACUCUUUCCUUAACCAAUCCUGAAGUCUCCAUACUAAACUACCAAUCUGCACUCUACCAGCCCUCAGCGGCGUCCAUGGCCGCGGUGGCCCAGCGGAGCAUGCCACUGCAGACCGGAACAGCCCAAAUUUGUGCCCGGCCCGACCCCUUCCAGCAAGCUCUCAUCGUGUGUCCCCCUGGCUUCCAAGGCCUUCAGGCCUCUCCUUCCAAGCAUGCUGGCUACUCAGUACGGAUGGAAAAUGCUGUUCCCAUCGUCACUCAAGCUCCCGGAGCUCAACCUCUUCAGAUCCAACCAGGUCUGCUUGCUCAGCAGGCCUGGCCCGGUGGGGCCCAGCAGAUCCUGCUUCCCCCAGCCUGGCAGCAGCUGACUGGCGUGGCCACCCACACAUCGGUGCAGCAUGCGGCUGUGAUCCCCGAGACCAUGGCAGGCACUCAGCAACUGGCCGACUGGAGGAAUACACAUGCUCAUGGAAGCCAUUACAAUCCCAUCAUGCAGCAGCCUGCACUCUUAACUGGACAUGUGACCCUUCCAGCAGCCCAGCCCUUAAAUGUGGGUGUAGCCCACGUGAUGAGGCAGCAACCAACCAGCACCACCUCCUCCAGAAAGAGUAAGCAACACCAGUCAUCUGUGAGAAAUGUCUCCACCUGUGAGGUGACCUCUUCGCAGGCUGUCAGCUCCCCUCAGCGAUCCAAGCGUGUCAAGGAGAACACUCCCCCACGGUGUGCCAUGGUGCACAGCAGCCCAGCCUGCGGCACCUCAGUCACUUGUGGGUGGGGUGAUGUGGCCUCUAGCACCACCAGGGAGCGACAGCGGCAGACGAUUGUCAUCCCCGACACCCCCAGCCCCACAGUCAGUGUCAUCACCAUCAGCAGUGACACAGAUGAGGAAGAAGAACAGAAACAUGCCCCCACCAGCACGGUCUCCAAGCAAAGAAAAAAUGUCAUCAGCUGUGUCACAGUCCACGAUUCUCCCUACUCCGACUCCUCCAGCAACACCAGCCCCUACUCGGUGCAGCAGCGCACAGGGCACAACGGCACCAACACCUUGGACACCAAGGGGGGCCUAGAGAGUCACUGCACCGGCAACCCCCGCACCAUUAUCGUACCCCCACUGAAGACCCAGGCCAGUGAAGUGUUGGUAGAAUGCGACAGCCUAGGGCCAGCAAUCAAUACCAGUCACCACUCAGCCUCCUUCAAGUCCAAGUCCUCCAGCACCGUGACCUCCACCAGUGGCCACUCUUCAGGGAGCUCAUCAGGAGCCAUCACCUACCGGCAGCAGCGGCCAGGCCCCCAUUUCCAGCAGCAGCAGCCCCUCAAUCUCAGCCAGGCUCAACAGCACAUGGCUGCAGACCGCACUGGGAGCCACCGUCGACAGCAGGCCUACGUCACUCCUACCAUGGCCCAGGCUCCAUACACCUUCCCGCACAACAGCCCUAGCCACGGCACUGUCCACCCACACCUGGCUGCGGCUGCUCACCUCCCCACCCAGCCUCACCUCUACACCUACACAGCGCCCACAGCCCUAGGCUCCACCGGCACCGUAGCCCACCUGGUGGCAUCCCAAGGUUCAGCACGCCACACUGUGCAGCACACUGCCUAUCCGGCCAGCAUUGUCCACCAGGUUCCUGUGAGCAUGGGACCCCGAGUCCUGCCCUCGCCCACCAUCCAUCCCAGUCAGUAUCCGGCCCAGUUUGCCCACCAGACCUAUAUCAGCGCCUCGCCAGCCUCCACCGUCUACACUGGAUACCCACUGAGUCCUGCCAAGGUCAACCAAUACCCUUACAUAUAAACACUGGAGGAGGCCCUCGGGGAGGGGGUAGAGGAGCUCCCAGACCGACCUGGGGAGCUGGUAUUUUAUACUGCAGGUGCCGCACACAAACAAUGCAAAUGGGGCAGGGAGGGGGGCAGCUGGGGCACAAAUGAAACUUGAACUAGGAAGUGGGAGGACUUAGAGCAGAGGAGGACAUUUUAAAAGGUGGGGUUUAAGGAGGGGAAAAUCUAUGCUUUUAUUUUAAAAAAGAAAAAGGAAAAAAAAAAGAAAAAGAAAAAUGUUAGUAACAAAAGAGGAAAAAAGAAAAAAAAAAAAAAACACAGCUCACAAACCCAUUCUGCACCAAACUGGAAAGGAAAAGAAGAGCUACAGGAAGAUUCUGGAAGCAAGGGGCCCCAGUUUUUGAAGAACUUUAUGAACUUUAUAAAGAUUAUUUUCAUAUGGCAGCAAGUGACAUUGAAGAACUUGCUGUCAGGGACACCUGAUAUGGAAAUCCAAUAGAUUUUUAAUUAAUUGAACAUGAAAAUUAGGGAUUCUUCCAGAACUCCAAAAGGGUCAACACCUCUUUCAAAUGUCAGGCCAUAGCCCAAGGAGGCUCAUAUUUUAGGGGUUAGUCUGGGGUUAACAAAGCCCAGUCUAUCAAAUAAGUUCUGGCUUAUUUGUCAGAAAUAGUGGGGUCAGCCAGACUAAUGAAAGAACUCCCUCCCCACCCCCCUCCCAGGAGAAGGGCAGGGUUUCUCUUUUGGAGCAUUCUGGAUAGAUCUCUAAGCAAUGUUAUUUCUCAGAUGUCAUUAAUAAUGUGUGUUGAUGUCUCUUUUUCUUUUCUGGGUUUUUGUUUUCCCUUUGAACCCACCUCUAGUCGUGUAGCAUAGGGCUAGUGGUGGUCGUGGACACCCUAGUAGAAUGUAGCACCUUGCGCCCUUGUUUCCCACCUUGUGUUCAACUCCAGUGAUACCAAUAGACUAUUCCUCAAUAGAAUUGCACAAAAAAAGUGAUAUAACAUAGGCAUGGAACCAAUGUGGUGGUCCAGAUGAACGAGUGAGUGUGCAUGAGCACGUGUGGGUGUGAACGGGGCUGCCACCCUCCCCGAGUGUCCCUUGGCACCGCCGUCACAGCCCUUGCAGUCUUGAUUUUACAUCAUUCCCUCCUAGUGCCUUAAUGACCGACAGACAGACAGACAGACACAGCGAAGGGUUUACUUCCACUGGUACUCCAAGAAACUGAUUGGGGCUGGUCAGCUAUGUUCUCAGCUCUGCGUUAAGCUGUUAUAGAGUUUUACUUGGGUCUUUGUUUUUGCAUUGUUUUAAUGUCAUGUGGAUUGUCUUUCCUGGGCUCUUUGUGAGCAGAAGGAUUUCAGAGAAGCCGGCCUAACUAAAAAGGGAGAAUCAUGGAUCUCAAGAGGGAUGUGGGAGCUAUCUAGUGGGGCACACUGGUGACAGAGCUGGUUCUUUUGGUGAGUUCUGCUUUGAGGGCAGAGAUCCAGAGAGACUCCCCGCCUGCGCUACCCCUGCCGUGUAUGGCACUAGGGGGUCUUAGGAAUGUCAGCUUUGCCAGGCAGCUGCCUCAGCCUUUAAGUCCACCACCUCCUUCUUGGAGCUAUAUGGGCAGAGGGCAAGAGACCUGUUCCCAUUUCUGGUUACUUCCCCAGCCCCUCCUCCCACAAGAAGCCUGGUAAUCUCAGAUGCACGUGCAUAUUUCUCUAUCAGCUCCAGAGGCUGUAGGAAGGCUCCUAGUUUUGCCAGCUCUCUCCUACUGCAGACUCCACUGCUAAGUUUGCUGUCACUCCUAUCCUGAAAUUAACCUAAGUCUCUCAAGACAGUUUGAUCUCUGCCGUUUAAAGAUUCAGUGAGCAGAGGGGUGGAGGGCCACUUAUGAGGUGGCCAGUGGCCCACUGCACUUGGGAAAAUAUUCCCGUGGACAAUUAAACCUUCAAAGAAAUCUUCCCAGAACCCUCUUUGCACCUGGGCUGCAUUCUGGAUGUUUGCUCCAGCUCUGGACAGUGGAAUGGAUAGGUGAUUUCUAUUCCUACUGAAAAACUGGAGCCAUGGAUAUUAGCAGCAGGUAUGGAUAGUUUGAUCCUAAUGUGGUUCUAGCUGGCCCCUCAUCCACAUCUUCAGGUAGAGAAGUCUCUGGUCAGCAGUACAGCAUCUUCUAGCCUCCUUUCUUGUCCUCCCUCUGCAGGCUCUGAGCAAUCUACUGGGAAAGGCUUUCCUCAUGAUUUCUGCCCUCCUUCAGUAACCAAGCUUACUUAGCUUUUAGCUGUGAAAAACUCUGGAAACUUCCCCACCCAUCAGUUCUUAUAAAGACAAGUCCCAAACUGGAUAUGUCUUAGUGCAUUGGACAUAGCCUGCCCCACCUCUAGCCAAGGACAUGCUGGAAGUGGAAUGGAAGGUACAGGCCUGUAGUGAGCAGCUGCAUUUUCCUCAUCCUGGUCAGGAUCACUUUAGCCCAAGACUGCUUUCUCUAGAAGUGAGACAACAGGAAAAGAAUCUGUUCAGAGAGGCGUGGGAGCAAAGUCUUUGGAGAACCCCUGAGCCAGAGGCUCCUAGAGCCCCAGCAGUUUGGAAACCUGUCUGUCACAUAGUCUGCAGUGGCCAGGUGGCAGAUGAUAUGGGCCCUGGGCUCCCAUGGGACCUUCUCAUACUAAGUCGCCAUACUAAGUCUUUGCUGAAAGUGGGCCUGGGUUUGCCUCACUGUGUGGCAGCACCAGGAGGCCAGCACAUCCUAGAGCUGUUCUUCUGGGGGGUUGGGGGAUGGAUCUCUUUUUGUCUGCUUAUGUUGAAGCUUUUCUCCCACACGUGUCCUUCCCUUUCUCCUUCCAGAUCAGGAAUGAAUGCUCCUUGCUGCUCACAAAGUUAGUAUUAUUGUACUGAUUAUUUGUAUUAUGCCACUGUAAUUAUGAUUAUCACCUUGUUGCUAUUUUAGUCAGGGUUUGAGGUACACAUUUAUUCCAAGGAUCUUUGUGUUUCCUUUGUAAUAUUUAAAUUUAUUUUAUUCUAGCUGUGCGUAUAUGAGUAGACUGGAGGGACAUACAGAUGUCAGAACAGGAAAAGCCCUAGAAUUAGGAAAAUUGUUUCUAGCAUCUCUGUCCCAUAAAGUGCUGCAAGAAAGACCUACCACAAAGCAGAGAUUCAGAUACACUGGGGCCUUCCUCUUUGCACAGCCCACCUGUGGUACACAGCCACUGUCUUUUGGACCCUUUGGCAGCUUCUCUCACAGUCUCUGUGCUUUCCUCCAUGUCAGAACUACUGAUCAGAUUUUAACCUGCCUCACAUCCAACAUUUAGCAUAAAAAGGCCCUCUCUCUAAGUUGCCCUAGACCUCUUCUCUUUCCUACUCAUCCCUUUAGUAUAUUUGGAAAUAAGUUACAACUUAUCUCCUCAAUGCAGAAAGUGGUCCCACCUGAAAGCCAUUAGGUAUAGUGAAGGUGACGGGCAACCAGUGCCUCCUUGUGAGGUAUUUCCCUAGUCUUCCCACUUCCCUGGUCUGCUUCUUCCUAGACAUACUCUCCCAGCACACAAUUUCAGGGAGCCAAGUGAAGGAAUAGGGAGGACACAGCGCCUCGCAAAAAGUCUAACAGCUGCUCAGACUGCCAAGUCCCUUCUAAAUCACUGGCAAGUGAAGGGCACAGUAGGCCCUUGUAGCCACCCCUUCCCUCCCUGGCUGUGCCCUUCAGUGCCAGCACUGUAGUGGUGGUUGUGUAUAUACUGUCCGCUACCACCCAGAAACAACAGGCCCCAUGAAGAGAAGACUGAGGCAAUAGCUUCCCCAAACAGAAGACCACCACUUUGCAAACCUUCAUCCCACAACCACCCCUACCUUGAUCUCAAGUUCCAUGUACAGAGCUGAUGCAUCAGGAGCCACACCUGACCCCAGCUAGAUAGCGUCCUCACCCAGCUUCCCAGCAAGGUGCUCAGCACUUCAUCCCUUCUGCAAAGAAGAUGGAAGGAAGGCUGCUGCCCUUAGAACUGCACUCUCAGUGGAAGGAGGCCCUCUCAGGCCUUGUAUACCAAGUGUCCCUGGUGUGCCCUCUGGGCCUUCUUUAAUGAAGAAACACUGCUCAGCAUGAGGAAGAUGAGAUGGUCAGCUCAAGGAAAUAGGUCUGUGGCACCUUGUGACCCUCAGGUCAGCAGACUGUUGCUCACUGAGUUCUUACUGUCCAUCUGGGCCCUGGCACCCAUGUCUCUGUGUUAGCACGUCAGGCGAUGUUUCAGGAAAGCGGAUGAGCAGGCCAAUAGGCAAGGCUGGUGUUAGUGCCACUUAGCCCUGUGGAGUGGAUGCGGUUUGAUGUGAUUCAGAGGGAAAGGGGACAGGGCAGCCCAGUGUCCCUGACUGUAUUGAGUUUCUCCCCUUCCUGGUGGCAAAGUUGUUUGCAGCUCUAAAAGCCAGUUUGGCUUUGUUCUCUUUGCCUCUGAGGGCUGGAACUGACCAGCCACAGUGUGGAGCGGGUCAGGAAGGGAGGUCAGCACAGCUGAUAGGACCUCCCUGAACUAGGUCUCAGGAGUUGCACACACUCAUUUUGAACAGUGUGUGGUGGAAGAGUGGUCUGGGGGAUCGUGAGUGAGGGGUUAAUGUUCUUGGAAACCAGUGUGAAGUGCAAAGGAGGCUUAGGGAAGUGUUGCUGGUGGUUCAUGGUGGUGAGGGUGACUGGGUCCCCACCCUGGCCCUCCUUCCAGGUUCAGCAUCUGUCUGAGGGAGGGUAGGAUAUGGGCGUGGCUCUUGCUGACCUGCCAAGUAGCUGCUAGGACAGAAAAGAGAAAGAAGAAAAUUGCUUAGUGCCCUCAGCUAGCAGACAGAAUUCCACCAGAGACAUGUAAUCCUUUCAUGGCCCAGUCUGAGGCUGCACAACCCCCAAGCAGCCAUUGCACAACACAUUCUGACCCAGGGUCUCACAUGCUGUGCUCCUCGUGUUCUUCCCUUCGUGUGUGCUGUACAGACUUCCAGUGGGGAAGCCUAAAAGUUAAGCAGGCCAGAGAUGUCCUUACCAAACUGGAAAGGAAAGUAAAACUGUCCCUUUCUAUAGCCAAAGAAUCUUUUCAAAGACACCUCUAGAGAUGGACAAAUGUCAUUCCUUGUGCCUUUCUGGGCAAUAAUGACUUCAAUGAUGCAAUGUCUCUCUGUCCUGCCUCCUUUUUUUUUUUUUUUUUUUUUUUUCUUUUUUAAUUCCAUUGCAUGUAUUUCAAAACCAUCUUCUUCAAGGAGAAGUGGAGUGGUGGCCCUAAAUGCUGCUGCUCCUGGGGAACUGCGGUCCCUACAGUGCUCGUUUGUGUUUCACUGACCUCAUGCUGCUGUGGGAAGCUAGAAAACAAGCAAGCGACCUUCCCUGAUGAGCCCACACUGUGUGGGACACAGUGGGACUGUGUAGCACUGGCUUGCGAUGGCAAUAUCUGUCCACUUGUCUAGUCGCUCCAGACAGCCUCAGACAAACAGGUCAUACCACUAGAGAACCAAAGAUGGCAAAGUGAGGCUUCCUUAAUUGCAAAAGAGACCUCUUGAACACUUCGGCACCGUGGCUCACUGUAGUGACCAACUGAGGAAAGGCUCCCCAAGUCUCUGGGGCAGCUGGUGAGAGGUAACCCAAGGCAGCCUCUUCCCUUCUGACUCAGUUGCCAGAAGAGAGAUCCCGCAGGCUCUCUGCCACAGAACCUCCAUGCUUCCUGGCUCCUAAGCUGAAACCUUUCCCCACCCCCCAGUCCUUUCAGGGUCGCUCAUCUCAGACCCAUGCAGGAGAACAUUACACUGAUUGCCUCUUGCUGCAGACCAGCAGUAUCCCUCAUGUAAGGAUAGCAGUAUGCCAAGCCCAUUCUGAGUAUCCUCUCAAGGCCCAUCACAGCCACCCAUCCCCGGGAAUAAGUGGACAUCCCCUACUUGGCAGAUGAAAAAGCUGGCCCUAUGAGUGAGUGUCAUGUGUAAAAGGAAAAGGUGAUACAUCUCAGAAUCCCCGAGUUUCUAAUUCUAUUUUUUGUUAAUCAGGACUUAACUGAGGUGAACUUGUGUUUCCCUAUUUAACUAACUGCAGUGAGCAGCCUGCUAUCUCUAAUGAGCCAUUCAACGAUGCUCCCAUUCCCUGUGUGCCAAACACUGCUAAGAACCGCUGCACGAGCCCGUGAUGAGCGCCAGCACCACCACAGGUGAGGCAGCUGGCUUACAGAGCCUGUAACCCACCCAGGCGACCCAGCAAGUAGGAAGGAAAGUCAGGGCUUGACAUCUUGUCUGCUUGGCUCCAGAGCUGAGCUCACGGACAUCAGCCUCAGCUGCCUCCCUUGUGUAGCAAAGACAGUUCUUUGCAGAAUGUCAUACCCUGCCUUCCCUGUGGGAAGCUCUGUGCAAAGGGUUCUGGGGUUGGAUGCACGUGGAUAAUGCAGAGUUUGGUGUGAGGAAAACUCUGGGGAGUUUCUCUGGAUUCCUAGAAUUCCUUUCCAGCAACUAGCUUUAGUCAGCUGCUACAAGUCUUACAAGAGUGAAGGGAAAGUGUUCUUUUCUUUUAAAUAAAUAACGUUUUUUUUUUUCUUGCUUAUAGUUAAUCUUAGAAAGGCAAUACUGAAAGUAUAUAUUUUUUUUCCAAAAUGCUAUUUUUUAACUGUACUUGAUAAAUAUCAUGACAACUCUGAUCUCUGUAAUAGAUAGACCCACCCUUCAGCUCUGGACAGAACCAAAAGCCAGGUUCAUGCCAAAUCUGUAAAUACCUUGUGGGUCUGUGUCCAGGAACUUUUUUUUUCUAUGAAGAAACAAAAAAAAAGGGGGGGGGGACAAGAUGACUUUGGGAAGAGGAACAGAAUGGUGUGUUCUUUCAAGAGGUGCCCUUUUCAGAGACUGACAACAGCAUAACUGAGCAAAGCAGCCAGCCCCAGGAAGAGAGGCAGCCUUGGCUGCUGAGAGGUUGGAGUGCUACAGACGCGGUUUCAGGUCACUUGAGAUAUGACAAAAAUCUAGAAAUGCUUAGGACUAGACUUUAGCUUCUUAAAACUUUUAUCGUGCGCUAUGAGUAUCUACUCAGUUGUUUUGGUUGGGUUUCUUGUUUCUCUUUUCUUUUAAAAAUGUCUUUACUGACCGGCUCCAGGCUUGUUUGCCUAGAUUCUUAGGUCGUUUACACGAGUUCUAAAUUCUUCUAGAACUUUAAAAUCCAUUGGAAGCAAACCCAGCUAGUGUGGAUCUGAGAUUCUAGUUGGUGUCAGUAGGUGUUCUAGAACUCCGACAGAGCACCUAAUGAUGUUUUCAGAAGGUUUUAGCUACAUUAUCUUACACAAACUGUGACCUAAUGGCAAUAAUUACCUCAAAUGUGGGCAUUUGUCCUGGUUUUAGCCUUUUUUGAAAUCAUGUGGCCAGCUUGAUCUUGUGAUUUAAAAGACUAUGAGUUCUCUCUGGGCUGAAAGUUGAGGAUUGAUGCAUACCCUGGUCACUGUUGCCUAAGUGAACUCUGAGACUGGCUCAUCACUACGCUAGAAGUGAAACCAAGACGAGAUGACUCUGUGUCAUAGCCAACGUGAUGCUCAAGUGCACGGGAGCCUGUUUCUCACUACUGUAACAUGCCCUUUGAUUUCUCCAAUAUCAAGUAAACUACACAAUUGACUGUAGAUACUCAAGCAUACUUCUGGCUACAUUUUAUAGUUAAAGUAUUUUAUAGUUUACAUUUAACCUGGUACUUUUUAAAAAGAAAAUUGUUUAUAACUGACAUCUUCAACCACAGUGAUUGACUGGCUCUUGUGUUAGAAGCUGUGUCUCCCCAAGGCAGGCAUGUUCCACUCAUACUGUUGUGUAGCCCGAUAUGUGUGUUUCCCUUAUUGUUGCUUCCCAGUGAACCUGAGAGAAUGUGAAAGGAAGUCUAGAGGGAUGGGAAAGGGUGAGUCCUGAACCUGGGCCGGAUUCAGAGUCCUGCGCCGUGCUGUGUCGGUUGCUCUCUUCAGCACGGAGGGCAUCGAGGCAUGGGCCCUGCUCCAUCAAGUCUGUCUUGAUUUGAAUGAUUCCUUUGUGACUAGCUCGCUCAACCUGCCUGGAGCCGCUCUGAAGAUAUGGCUGCUGUUUCAGGGUCCCCACUGAACCUUGGCCAGCAUUUUAAGAGGAAGAGCUGUCUGUACCUCUGGGCCCAUGUUCACUGACUGGGUCUUUUUUUUUUUUUCUUUGAAACAAAACCCAUGUAAAAGGAAAUGUACUUUAAUUUCCCAUUGUCUGGCUAAGAUGUGAACACAGUUCAGAGUGGGCCUUGGCUUCUGAGCUAAAGGAGCUGGGGGGGUGAGGGGAGUGCAGGAUGGUCCAUGGAGACCGGGUCCACAGAGGGGAUUUACAGUGACUGAAAUGGGCUUCAGAGACAAGAGUGGGCUCCACUGUAAGCAGAAGCCAAGAAAUGUUAAUUUCCCGACAGUCUUGUUGUAUUUGGGUUUGGGGUUGUGUUGUGUUGUGUCUUUAAGACAGAGUCCCACCACAGAGCCCUGACUUGUCUGAAACUCACAGUGUGGACUGGGUUUUGUUUUGAGUUUUGUUCUCUCUUGUGCCGUUGCUGAACUGCGGCAGCCUGUGGUGAUCUGUGAUGUGAUGUGAUCAUUCCUCCAAGCAGACACCUUGAGAGCUCCAGCACCCCAGCACCAGGGUCUGCCCCUCCCAUGCUUGCUUUGCGCCUGUGGCUGGUGCUCACAGCGUGCUCUCGUGACCUGUUAGAAUGUCUCUUAUCUCACCCUUUAUAGUCAUACUCCCAGGCUCCUGCUGUGUGUGUGUGUAUGUGUGUGUGUGUGUCAUUUCCUUUGCACUAAUAAACCAAAUAAAUUUUGUGUCAUUGUCUUUGGAGCUAACCCAUGUUUUUAAAAAUGAGAGGUAUAAAAAUGGGCUUUUUGUUGUUAUUUGAAAAGUCAAUAAUGUAUUUUAAAAAGGGCUCUGCUGUCCGCUUUCUAUAGUUCCCUCUCAACCUAUUUCCAAAUGAAUCUCUCCUGGCCCCACCCCAUUGUGUUAGCUCACCUCAGGCCUCCCUACUGUCACCACAGAUCCAAGCUCAGGCACUCAGGACUCCCAGAAAGCCUAAGAGCCAGCUAGGAGGCUUAGCCCUGGGAGCCUGCUCCUGCCUCCUUGGCUGCCUGUGGGGCUGCUGGGCGGUCUAUCUGCUAUUGCUGUGUCAGUACUGUGGCUCCCGCUAAGAGGAAGGACAUGGGAAGUUGAAAGUGACUUGACUGUACCAUCCUCUAGCUUUCUGUGACUCCGAGUGGAACACAAACACACACCCCACGUGCCCUUCAAGGCAGAGGUCCUGUCCAUACUGCCUCCAAGUCUGUUGGCUUCCUGGCCUUCCAUAUCCCUCUCUCUUGUGUUGCUGCCCUCUGACAGCUGGCUUUCUUCCAUGGGUUACCCAGGGCACACAAUCAUUUCUAGCCCCCAAAGCACCCUUCACUCGUUUGUGUGUGUUUUUUAACCAAAUGAAGUUGACAAGAAAGGCGUAUGUUGGGGCUGCAGGAUUCCUAGUGUAGUAGAAGACUGUAUAGUAGAGAUGGUGAUAUAUAUGUUUGUGUAUAUAUAUAUAUCAAGCCAAAUUUCUGAUAGAAAAAAGUAUAGCUUUAUGGAUGAGAAAGAAGAGGAGCCCUUUAGAGGUUGGAGCCAGCCUCAAUGUGUCCAAUGAACAAGACACCUGCUCCUUCACACGCAGCUAAGGCCUCAGCACCUAGCCCUCGCCAUCCACCUCACUGAGCUGGGAGGCCCUGAGGCCUCUGCUGCUCUCCCUGGGUCGCCAGCAACAGAGGCCUGGGAGAGUGAGGGGACACAGAUCAGAAUGACUGGAAUUUCUCAUCCCGUUUUGCGCUGACUACAUGAAUUGAGCUGCAGCCUGAUAUUUAUGUUUCCAAAAUGUGGUACCAUGAAGAUGGCAAGAGAGAUCUGUAGCAAUGCUUAGCUUUCAGCUGCCUGUGAGUUCAGGAUGCUCGGGACAGAAAGACACGCUCCCCAAAACAAGAACAGGGAAAAGGGGACCUGGCAGAGCCCAUCCCCCAGUCCAAGGAAGGAGGCCCCUCCCCCAGGUCAUCUUACCCAGAUCUUUCUCUGCCAGCUCAGCUCAGCUCAGUCUUGAUAACCUCUUGGAAGCCCUGGCCUGUCCUGUUCCUUCACUGUACGCUUUCUGUAAUAAAGUGUUAAUCCAUGUUAAUCUGUGUGGGGAUUAUUGCGUGCAACAGUAUUUUCUUGUGUACCUCUUUUUCCUCUGUGACGUGUCCCUUUUUUUUUUAUUUAUAAAUGUCUACUUUUUUUAAAGGACAAACCAGUGUGUCGUAGACCUCUAUGUAACCUGUUCCUUAGUCUCAUUAUAGGUAUCUUAUAAGGAUGGAUAUUUUACUUGGCUUUAGAAUGUUUUUCAAGAAAACUAAUUCUUAACUGAUGAAGUCGUUGCUACUAAAAUGCUUGUUUUCAUCAUGACGUCGUGCGCUUCUAAAUUAAUCAUCAUUUUCGUUGUAGAAAAAUGGAGUGAAUUUAUAUUAGUCUUGGAAACUAAUAAUAGCAUUGUAAAUUUAUGAGAUGAUUUUAACAGAAAAAAUAUAGAAGAAUAUAGUUAUUUUAAUUGUAAUAUUACUAACUGUAGGGUGAGGAAGGGGGUCCUGUUGUGGUGAACUCUGUUAUAGCUUGUUGCUCAGUUUCUUUUUGAUCAUUUUUUCGGUCUCUGAGGUGAAGCGAGUUAUUAAUUGGAUCUGUAAACUCACAUAUGCAUAUUGUAUAUGUGUAGAGAUGUGAUCACACUGUCUUGGAAUUACAUUAAACUGUUUGGAAUCACA